CAGGAAUGUGCACUGGCCAACAUCUCCUCUAACGCCCAGGAAAUGGGCUGUCACCGGGCCCAGUAUUAGCUGCCCCUGUAUAAUGUAACUCUCUACAGCACAGACACAAGGAAGCAGUAUCAGGAGGAGACAGAAAGGACGGCUGAGACAUCUCAGAGGUGCUGAUCCCAAGGUCUAAUAUCAAAGGCCAUUAUGUCCCUGAGAGCGAUGGGCAUUUCUGUACUAUUCUUUGCAUUUCUCGCCGUAUCUCUUGCACAACAAGAUCUCAAUGGAAAAGUUUUCCUUUUUCCCGAACAAAGUGACAGCUCCUAUGUAAUCCUGAAGCCAGAGCUGAAAAAUACCUUAAAUAAACUCACCGUUUGCCUGCAAUAUUACACAUCUCUAGCGCGAGACUACGCUCUUUUCUCAUUGGCUACACGUGGAGCUGACAACGCCUUUCUCAUUUAUCCAACUCCGCCAAAUCUUUGCUAUGUUUAUGUAAACCAGGAAGACUUCUUAUUCACUAUAGAUGUACAAGCUCUAGACUGGACACACAUUUGUGCCAGCUGGGACUCCGGUACUGGUGAAGUUCAGCUUUGGGUCAAUGGCAAAUUGUAUCCUAGACGAUUGUGCCGUAAUAAAGGAUUUGUUUUACAGUCAGAAACAAGUAUAAUACUGGGGCAAGAUCAAGACACAUUCGGUGGGAAAUUUAGUGACGCGCAAUCAUUUGUUGGGGAAAUAAGUAACGUCAAUAUGUGGGAUUAUGUUUUAUCAGCUGAUAACAUGAGGAAGACUGUGUUUGAUAGGAGUGUCAGUGGAACAGUCAUUGGAUGGAGGUCCCUUCAGUAUGAGACUAAAGGGAAAGUUUCUGUUCUGCCUCAGUUGCAGUGCAAGUUUUGGGAUAAGACCUACAUCUCCUACGCCCAGUGCUCUGACAGUAAUACAAACAAAUGAUACGUCACCAGUAUAAGGCUGCAUAUAACACAACAGUUAAAAAGAAUAACCUGCAGAACUUUAAUGCUUUUGUAAUACGUAGAUGUUAUAUAUCUGCAACUUUUCCAUUGCUUUAAAUCUAAAUAAAUAGAUUUAUUUGUAUACUGUAAUAAUACUACUGUAUCUGGAGCAUGCACUAAGGCCUAUUGUAACUGCUUUAUAAAGAUUGUUAAAUUCAGCUUUUGAAAUAUUCCUUUCAAAUGUCGAAAUCUAAAAAGACACACGAAGGAUGUAUUUUCUAAUUGCUUUUAAUAAUAAAAAAAUACCACUUCCAAUUAA